GCCAUUUUGACUAACUGAGACUGUGUGGAAAUUUGGAAUUUAUUCUGGAAAUUACCGUUAUUUUAGUUUAGCCAAUGGGCACUUUUUCAUCUUAUUAGUGACUUAAUGUGUUUUGUGUAAUACAGUUUGGUCAGUGUGUGUUAAAAUAGCGUCUAAAAAUGAAAAAUCGUGGGUGAUUUACUUUUGGAUCAUUGUGUGAGUUCCGUCGGAAGAUGGAGAGAGGUACUGUGUAGGCUCAUCCGCCAGUUUGUGGCUUCAUUAAGCCCCAUCGUUGACUGUGGAUAAUUAAUAUGUGCCUUGAAGGAUGGAUUAAACAUCGAACUAUUGGCACAGUAGUAAUCAAGGAUCCAUUAUGUGGUCAAGUUUAUAAUGAGCCAUGUGUAGCCGUUUCAAAUUCUGUUAAAUACGAUACUGUGUAGGCAAGUAGGCACGGCUUGGUAAACAGGGAGAUAUGGCCGAUCAUCUCGUCGAUGGGCCGCCAAGCAAGCGGCAGAAAAUGACUGAUCCAUUCCAAGGAACCUCGGAUUCUUCAGUGCCGAUGGCGCCUUUAAUGAUGCACUUCAACUUGGCUCCAACUCUGGGGAACAAUGGUGGAGGGGGCAAACAGCAACAACUACUCCAACUCCAACAACAAUGGAACCCACAGAAGAGAAACCAGUUUACCAACAUGGAUAUGUUUGACCUGGAAAAUGAUCUUCCGGAUGAACUGAUGACGUCAGGGUCAUGGGGUAGUGCAGUGGAACCAACAGCAAGUAGCAAGCCUCCUGCCACAGGACCAGGGCCUGGGCCUGGCCCAGGCCAGCCACCACAGAAUCAGCAGCAACCUCAGCCUGGUGCAGGUGGACCAGGUCUUCAGAAUGGUGCUGUGGACCAACAGCAGCAACAGCCACAGCAACCUGAUCCUCAGCGCCAGCAACAGCAGCAUGUAACGCAGCAACAACUCUCCCAUCAUCUCAUGCAGCAGCAGGGCAACAAGAAUCUAGUAGCAAACUCUUUGGUAUUGACAGCUGGAGGAUUAGGCAGCAAAAGUCCGAGCUUGCAAUCACCACCAAAUGUUUCAGUGAGCAAGAGUGGGGUAGUUGUGGGUGAUCCAAUUGUAGGGAGCCUUCUUCCAAGUAGUAUUGCAAGUUCUCUAGCUAACAACCCAGCUGGAGCCAGUGGUACCAUGACCAUGUCCUCAAUUCCCAACAGCGUCCAGGGUGUUGGACUACCAUCAUCUAUGGUUAGUACAAUGAGCAUGGCUAGUAUUAGUAAUUCAACAGUGGCCAUGAGUAGCCUGCCUAGUAAUGGAGGGAUGGUCAUGACAAGUAGCCCAAUGAAUCCUAUCGGAGGAGGUGGGGGUAUGGUUGGAGGAGGUAGUCUAGUGACCAAUACACUCAACAAGCAGCCCCUCACAGCAGUACCAACUUUGAUGGGAGGGAAUGCCUCUGGUGGUGGUGGCAGCAUGCAUCAUUCAGUGCAGCAUAGUGUGGCGCAGCAAGGUAUGCAAAAUGGACCCUUGGCCACACGUGCAGCAGUUGUGGCAGCUGCGGCCCUACAGCAGCAGCAGCAGCAACAAGGACAUCUGGUUGCCCGAGGCCAGUCACCUCAUCAGGUCCAUACUGUAGGCAUCAGUGUGGGGCAGCGCAUGCAGGCACCUAACAUGACCUCUGUGGCUCAGAUGGGUCAAUCCAUGAGUGCAGGGAGUCCCUAUAGCUAUGUUCCUCCAGGAGGAGGCUCAGCUGGACCACAAGGGGUUAAUGUGGGGGUUGCAGUGGUUGCCCCACAGCCGCGGGUAGUUGGAAAUAUGCCUCCUCUUCAACAGGCGAGAUUUGGAGCCGCAGCAGGAACUCUGGGAGGCUCUUCAGUUGGAGUAGGUGGAAACGAAGGUGGGAUGGCACAACAAGCCACCCCUCCAGCACCUUCCCCAGCUCAGCCACAGUCUGGUGCACCAAGUGGUGGUCAACCUGGCCCCCAGGCAGCAACUCAAGGGGGAACCCCAGGAGGAGCACAAGGCGGGGCUCCGACAACUGCGACGUCAACUGCGGACCCUGAGAAGAGGAAGUUAAUCCAGCAGCAACUGGUGCUACUUCUGCAUGCACAUAAGUGUCAGCGCAGGGAAAGUCAGUCCAAUGGGGAGGUAUGGCAGUGUACACUACCACAUUGUAAAACAAUGAAAAAUGUUUUAAACCACAUGACAACGUGCCAAGCAGGGAAGUCCUGUUCAGUUCCACACUGUUCCUCAUCUCGACAGAUCAUCUCACACUGGAAACAUUGCACACGGACUGACUGCCCUGUAUGUCUGCCACUGAAGCAGGCUGACAAGAACCGCAACAACCCCAGUGUACCAAGUCAAGCACCAAAUAGCCAGCCGAACCCUUCUCCCUCAGAUAUGAGGCGAGCAUAUGAAGCCCUUGGGAUUCCGUCACCCAACCCUGGGGCUCCAGGUCUGUUACCACCAGCAGCAGGUGGGGUGAACCGCCCGCACCGCUUGACAGGGAUUUCUGUUGGUCCGCUUCCUCCCAAUUCGACCGCUGGGCCAGGAGGCAGCGUACGAGUUCUUCCACCUCCACACCCGCAAGGGCAGCCCCAAACAUCAGUUGUUUCUGCAGGCUCACAGCAGCAGGUACCUCCCAAUGUUUCUCUACCCCUUGGGAGUGAUCCUGGAGGAAAUCCCAGUCAGUCUGCAGGACAGCAAGGACCAGCAUCAUCUGCAGCACAGGCAGCGGCAAACAUCCAACAAACAGUUUCCCAAAUAUUCGGUGGCUUGUCUGCCGAUCCGCAGGGAGGCAGUUUGGGCAUCGAUAACCGGUUGACUAGUCUGCAGCUUCCUGGAGGUCUGCAACCUGGUCAGGUGACAGCCACACCAGUUCAGGGAACAAAGGAGUGGCACCAGUCUGUUACUCCAGAUCUUCGUAAUCAUCUUGUACAUAAAUUGGUUCAAGCAAUCUUCCCAACACCGGAUCCUCAAGCAAUGCUUGAUAAGAGAAUGCACAAUCUUGUUGCAUAUGCUCGUAAAGUUGAAGGGGAUAUGUAUGAAAUGGCUAAUUCAAGGUCUGAAUACUAUCACCUUCUAGCAGAGAAGAUUUACAAAAUCCAGAAGGAACUGGAGGAAAAGAGACAGAAGCGCAAAGAACAGCAACUACAGCAGCAGCAACAACAGCAACAACAGCAGCAGCAAGUUCAGCAGCAGCCACCACCACAGAUGAGGUCUGGAGUUCCUGGCACUGUUCCCACACGUACCGUUGGUACUGCUCCACCAAAUAUGCAGGCAACACCUCAGUCAGGCCUUCCUGGUCACUCUCCAGGCAUGAGCCAUGUACUUCCUGGCCUGGGUCCACAGCAAAACCGCAUGCAAUUCCCACCUCAACCAGGCCAGCAGCAGCCACAGCAGCAACAGCAGCAUUUAGUAGUGGGUCCACCUGGACCCAGCCCAAAUAGUACUUCCAGUACACCCCAAGGCCCUCCAGGUAGCAUGGUGACUGUGUCUGGUCCAGGACUGUCACCUUUUGGCCAGCCAAUGUCUCAAGGUCCUCCACCCAACAUGACAAUGGCAUCUGCCACAACCGCAACUAAUGUGGCAGCAGCCAGUCAGUAUGCCACCAACAAUGGUGUGGGGACUGCAGGAAGUGGCGGUGCUAGUGGUGGCGGGGUCCCAAGCAGCCCAGCUGCUCCUAGUCAGCAACAGCAGCAGCACCAGUUCCCAGAUAUGAUGAAGGCUCGCCUUGCUGUUGCGGCUGCAGCUGCGAACUCAAGUACUGUACAGACGCAGGCUCAGUCUGCUGCAUCACCAUUUGGUCUUCAAAACCAGUUUCCUCCAACUUCAACUUCGACAACAGUUGCCGGUAAUAGAGUUCCUCUUCCUCCCCCGGUCUCCACGCCCAAUUCCUCUGCUUUGUCAACUUCCGAUGUACAGAUCACCUCUUCACUCUCUUCCCAAGUUUCAACAUCUGCCUCCAUAUCGACCACAGGUGGACCUUCUCCUUCAGCAAAUGUAACAAGUGGUAACCUCCCCCAAUCUAAUUCAGCCACAGCAUCUGUCACAACACCAUCAUUAGUUCCUUCUAGUUUGUUACAAAAGCCAGUGGCUACAGUACCUGGGACAACAGUUGCAACACAGCAACAAUCAUCCAUGCAGAGCAGUCUAGCAUCCGCAACAGCCAACUCCACUUCAACAGCAUCCGCCACUAUGAAUCAUCAGCAACAUUUGGCAAGUUUGGGCAAGGGCAUGUCCAGUGCAGAACGAGCCAGUUUGGUGAGGACUAACUCGUCCAGCAUGUCAAGUCAAAUGGCAGCCAUUAAUGCAGCUCUUAAUCAGAUCAUAAAGGAAGAGCCUAUGACUCCAAUGUCAACAUCCAGUAUAGGUGAAGGAGUCAGUACUAGUGCAGAUGUAAAACCACCCAUUCCGGAACCCAUCCAAUCUGCUGCAGGAGGUGAUAAAAAGAAAAAGUGCUUGUUCAAACCAGAUGAGCUGCGGCAGGCCUUAAUGCCUACGCUCGAGAAAUUGUAUCGUCAAGAUCCUGAGUCUCUUCCCUUCCGGCAGCCUGUUGAUCCCCAAGCACUUGGUAUCCCAGACUAUUUUGACAUUGUGAAAAAAGCGAUGGAUCUUUCAACGGUGAAACGGAAACUAGACACAGGCCAGUAUUCUGAUCCUUGGGAAUAUGUCGAUGAUGUCUGGCUUAUGUUUGAUAAUGCCUGGCUCUACAACCGCAAAACCUCACGAGUGUAUAGAUAUUGUACCAAGCUGUCCGAAGUUUUUGAACAGGAGAUUGAUCCUGUAAUGCAGUCAUUGGGUUACUGCUGUGGCCGCAAGUACACAUUCAAUCCUCAAGUGUUGUGUUGCUACGGGAAACAGUUGUGCACUAUUCCAAGAGAUGCCAAGUACUACAGUUUCCAAAACAGAUAUACCUUCUGUCAGAAAUGUUUCAACGACAUCCCAGGGGACACGGUUACACUCGGGGAUGAUCCCACACAGCCUCAGACGGCAAUAAAGAAGGACCAAUUUAAGGAGAUGAAAAAUGAUCAUCUGGAAUUGGAACCAUUUGUAGAGUGUCAAGACUGUGGAAGGAAACUUCAUCAAAUCUGUGUUCUUCACAUGGAGUCUAUUUGGCCUCAGGGAUUUGUGUGUGAUAAUUGCUUGAAGAAGAGAGGUGCAAAAAGAAAAGAGAACAAAUUCAAUGCAAAACGGUUACCCAUAACAAAACUUGGGACGUAUAUUGAAACACGAGUCAAUAACUUCCUUAAGAAGAAAGAGGCAGGUGCUGGCGAAGUGGCAAUUCGGGUUGUUGCCAGUUCUGACAAGAUCGUGGAAGUGAAGCCUGGCAUGAGAAACAGGUUUGUGGAGCCCGGUGACCUGCCAGAACAGUUCCCGUAUCGAGCAAAGGCACUCUUCGCAUUCGAGGAGGUGGAUGGUACUGAUGUGUGUUUUUUUGGAAUGCAUGUCCAAGAAUAUGGGUCCGAGUGCCCUUGUCCAAACACUCGCCGCGUGUACAUAGCUUAUCUGGACUCGGUGCACUUCUUCCGCCCUCGACAGUUUCGUACUGCUGUCUACCAUGAGAUUCUUCUGGGUUAUCUCGACUAUGUUAAGCAGUUAGGGUAUACGAUGGCACACAUCUGGGCAUGUCCCCCCUCGGAAGGAGAUGACUAUAUCUUCCACUGCCACCCUGCUGAGCAGAAGAUUCCUAAGCCGAAACGGCUACAGGAAUGGUACAAAAAGAUGCUUGACAAAGGCAUCAUCGAGAGGAUAGUUCUUGAUUACAAGGAUAUUCUCAAACAAGCGGUGGAGGAUAAGUUAAGCUCCGCAGCGGAACUUCCAUAUUUCGAAGGUGACUUUUGGCCCAAUGUCCUUGAAGAGAGCAUCAAAGAGUUGGACCAGGAGGAGGAAGAAAAGAGGAAGCAAGCAGAGGCAGCUGAGGCAGCUGCUGCUGCAGCCAAUAUCUUUUCGCUUCAGGAAGAAAGUGAAGCAGGGCCUGAUGGUAAAAAGAAUUGCCAGAAAAAAGCGAAGAAGUCAAACAAGUCAAAAGCAAAUCAGCGUAAAAAUAGUAAAAAGUCCAACACUCCUCAGACAGGCAAUGAUCUCUCAGCAAAGAUUUUUGCUACAAUGGAGAAGCACAAAGAAGUAUUUUUUGUGAUAAGGCUUCACUCAGCGCAGUCGGCUGCCAGCUUAGCGCCAAUUCAAGAUCCAGAUCCAUUCAUCAAUUGUGACCUGAUGGAUGGGCGUGAUGCGUUCCUAACAAUGGCACGUGAACGUCACUACGAAUUCUCAUCACUGCGGCGAGCCAAAUUUUCAUCUAUGUCGAUGCUGUAUGAACUCCAUAACCAAGGCCAGGACAGGUUCGUCUACACCUGUAACAAUUGUAAGGGCCAUGUGGAGACACGGUACCACUGCACAGUCUGUGAUGAUUUCGAUCUCUGUGUGCAGUGCUAUGAAAAGGAUGGUCAUCCACAUAAAAUGGAGAAGCUGGGACUAGAUUUGGAUGAUGGUUCAUCCCCAUCAGAUCAGAAACAGGCUAAUCCUCAGGAAGCAAGAAAGCUGUCAAUUCAACGCUGCAUACAGUCCCUGGUGCAUGCUUGUCAGUGCCGUGAUGCUAAUUGUCGCUUACCGAGCUGUCAGAAAAUGAAACGUGUUGUUCAGCACACAAAGAUCUGCAAACGAAAAACAAAUGGAGGUUGUCCAAUCUGCAAGCAACUCAUUGCCCUCUGUUGUUACCAUGCCAAGCAUUGCCAAGAAACAAAAUGUCCUGUGCCAUUCUGCUUGAAUAUCAAGCAUAAACUAAAACAGCAGCAACUGCAACAGAGGUUACAGCAAGCUCAGCUGUUAAGACGCCGCAUGGCAGUAAUGAACACACGGUCCAAUGUGCCAUCUGGUGCUCUGCCAGGCAACUCAAAUACAGGAGGACCAGGAGGUGUCCUGGCAGGUGGGGCAGUGGGACAGACUGGAGUAAUGAGUGGCCAGCCAGGUGUAGGCAACAUGGUGAGCCUCCAGACCCCGCACCAACCUGCUGGCAGCAAACCUGGCACGCAGACACCGCCUGCCAAUGUACUGCAAGUUGUUAAGCAGGUUCAGGAGGAAGCAGCGAGACAGCAAGCUCCUCACACUGGAUAUUCUGGCAAAGUCACUCCUUUGGGAGCCAUUGGAGGACAGUCUCAGGUGAUGCCACCCCCACAGAUGCAGCGACCACCAGUGGGUCCCAUUGGCCCGUCAAAUCCGCAUUUAAUUCCAACCAUAGACCAGUGGAGGUAUGUUCCAAAUGCAACACUGCAGAACACGGGCAUGCGUCAGACUACACCACAAGCAAUUCAGCAGCAGCAGCAGCAGCAACCACCACCACACCUUCAACCCACCCAGCCAAGCAUGUUAACAGGCAGUCACAUCAGUGGACCAAUCCCUCCCAUCAGUAUCCGCCCACCGCCAACUAGUGGGGGCAGCAUGCCUGGAGCUGCAGGACCUGCCCUGCAGAAACAGGCACUUCAGCAGCUCCUUCAGACGCUCAAAUCACCUAAUACACCAGAACAACAGCAACAGAUCCUUCAGAUAUUAAAAAGCAACCCUCAGCUCAUGGCUGCAUUCAUCAAGCAACGUCAGGUAUACCAGAAUCAACAGCAGCAAACUAUCCAGCAGCAAGGCCAGGCAGGAGGUGGACACCAGCAGCAGCUCCAGCACAUGAUGUCCCCCCAGCAGCAACAGCUGCAGCAGCAGCAGCAGCAACAACAACAACAACAACAACAACAGCAGCAGCAGCAGCAAGGUCGCAUGCAGAUGCAGGCCAUGCUUAAUCAGCAGCAGCAACAGCAGCAGGGUUCUGUGCUGCCACAGCAAGGCCAGCAGAUGAUGCCACACCAGCAGUGGUACAAGCAGCAGCUGCUCAGCAUGCAGCAGCGACAGCAGCAGCAACAACAGCAACAACAACAACAACAACAACCUGGUCCAUUCCAGCAGCCGCCUGCUCCACCAUAUGUUCAGCAACAGAGACUUCCAACAGGCAGGCAGCAACAGCAACAGCAAGGGCAUCUUGUCAGUUACUCUAGUGUUGGUUUUGAGCCUACACAGUAUGUACAGCAGCCGGGUACAGUGGUGACACAGCAAGUGUUGCAGCAGCAGCAACCUGGACUGAAACCAACGCCACCACCUGUCCCAUCACCCCAGGGGGCAGGUGCAGGAGCCAUGAUGAUGGGCCCCCCUCCUGGAACAGGCACGGCUGCUGGCAUAUCCGUGCAGCAGCAGCAGCAAUUAAUGCAGGCUGUGAGAUCCCCUCCUCCCAUUCGGUCACCUCAGCCCAAUCCGUCGCCGAGGCCUGUACCUUCUCCACGCAACCAGCCUGUACCCUCCCCGCGUGGUGGUGCAGGACCUGUUCCAUCCCCACACCAUCAUCCCCCACCCCCACAUGUGACACCUACUCAUUCUCCUGCGCAUCACCCACCUGACUUGGGCAGUAGUAGUGAAAUGAUGCUCUCACAGCUGUCAGGAGGUGGUGGAGGACAGCAACAUGGAGCAGGGGCAGGUAUGCCUCACCACCCCUCCCCUGCAGGUGCCCCACCUGGAUCAGCGGGAUCUAGUGGUCAGGGGCCCACAUCUGGGGGAGGUGAUCCCAGUGAUAUGACUCCUCAGGACAAGCUUUCCAAAUACGUGGAACAUUUGUAGUAGUGGAGGUGUGUAUGUAUAUCUAAGUACUUAAAUUAUGGGAAUUUUUUAUGUGAAUAAUUCAGUACCUAUUUUCCUCAUUGCAGUUUUGUGCAGUGUUGGAAAUUGAGGUGUGUCAUUUAAUAUAAAAGUAUUAAGAGAUGAAGAGAGGGGAAGCCUCUGUACAAAUUUUGUGUGGUGUGGAAACAAACUUCUAAAUAUUGUGUUCAAGGAAAAUUGUAAAAUUGACUUCAUUUGUAAUCCAGUUAUGAACUUGUUUCCCUCCUGCGUCUCUUUAUCUCGUGUGUUGAAUGUUCAUAUAUUUCAAGUGGUUUGGAGGAGACAUUUAGGUGUGUGGUUGAGUAGAUUACCAUAUUGAUUGAGACGACUUACACUGCCGAAACCUUUUCUUCUUGUCUUCUACUGUGACGGUGACAUAACACCUUUGUCACCAUCUACAUCGCCACCACUACCGCUACUAUCACUCUUUACUUUUUUCUGCUAUUAUCCUCACCGUUAUGAUGACAACAGCUACUGUUACUUGUAUUACUGCUACUGUGUCACUACCUUUUUCAUGUAAAUAGAUGUGCAAAUGAUGCCAGUACCACUGAACAUGCAAGGUGCCACUUACGGAUGGGUGGGCCAGGGGAGAACUGACAGAAGAAGUUUAGUAUCAAGGGAGGAGAAGCUGAUUAACAACAAUCCAAGUAUUUGGCUUAGCAAGGCUGUGUAUUUUGUGCAGACUUUGUGCAAAGUAGUGGUGAACGACUAUAAAUUAAAAGGAAAUAAAAUAUGUUGUAUAUGAAAACUAAAAAAUAAUAGUGGUGCAUCAGUUGACGUGCUGUUUGUUAAUUUUAUUUUACAAAAUGUAACUCCAUAUACGAGACUAAGCGAAAUGAACGUUCGUACAAUGGAAACAUUUAAGUGAAUAGCUAAAAAUGAAGUAAUGUUCAUUACAUAAGGGAUAAUAGAACCAAUCAUUGUUAGCAUUACAAACUCAAUGGAAUGCAACAUUGAAAUUAUUUCUUAUAAACUCAGUGUGCUCUUUUCUUUAAAGGUACACCUUGUUUACAUUUAUCAUAAUUUGAAGAGGAGAGACAAGCAUUUGUAUAGUUAGUUGAUAAUUAGCUUUGGAAGUUCAAAGUUGUAUUGUAGGAUGUAGAAUUUUCCCCUCCCAGCCCCCUUGUCCAAGGUAUUGUAAUUUUUUUAACCAAGGCUGACAACCCAUACUCAUGAGAGUGACCUGUAGGUAGGUAGCUUCAGUGAUUUUUUUUUAAACGAUCAAUGACAUUGAUUCAGUCCAAGGUUACAGUUUUAAUCAAACCUUCCCUUCCCUUCAUCUGCCCUUAUAAUGAGAGUGUAAAUUCAAGUGCUGAAAGGAGAGAUGUUUGGAAAUGUAAAGUACUCAUGGUUAUUUAGAAAUAAUUUUUUUACCCCCUUACCUAUGAGUAAGCUACACAAGCUAUUUGAAUAUGAAAAAUAUAUAUACACACACAAAGGAAUCAGUGAUGGUUUUUCUUAACAUUGUAAAACUUAAAAAAUAUGUCUUGCACUUUUUGGUUUCCUGUAUGAAGUAAUAUAAUUAAUUAAUACUAUAUAUGAAAGAUCUCAAGUACUUGUAAACUUUUUUAUGAAGCUGAAGAAAGGAAUUAUUAUUAUUAUUAUUACUCUUUUUGCAUAUUCUUUUUUUCUCGGUGGGGCAAGGUUGUGAUGUGUAGCAGGUGGUUUUAUUGGGACAAAAGAUGAUUUUGGCAAUUUCAAUAAGAAAAAAAAAAAGUUAUUCUGUAAAUGAAUGAAUCAGGUUUCAUUGAAAUGGCAAGCAGCAGGCACUGUGCAUGAAUCAAACACACUGGCACCCUUACUGUUGCUCUGCGUUAGUAUCUGGUGUGCAGUGUAUUACAUGUAAGGUGUAACUUGGAAUGCAAACAUUAUGAAAAUUGUCAUGGUCUGAACCAUGAAAAUGUGCAAAUAAUUAGUUACGGUUGUGUACAUUGAAUUGUUAAAUGUUUGUGGCAACUGUAGUUGGUAAUGUUUUUUUAUGUUUGUAUUAAUGAACCUCAUUAUUUAUUAAAGAGCGAUCAGGUGCUAUGUAAGGGGUGAUGUUCCUUUGCGCCCCAAGUUACACUCUACUGGCUUAGAGCAGUUGCAUUGGGCACUGACAGAACUGUGAAAUGCUUAUAAAUAUUUGUUGGUGUUUCACCCAUUAUGAAUGAAACUGUUUGGCAUGAAACUAAAACAGGUGGCAAAUUUGUUAUAUUUUGUUCCCAAUACCCUCCAUUUCAUGUUUAUGUAUAUUUAAUAACAAAAAGAGCAUUUACAUUCCACCUCAUGUCAGAAUGUUGCCCCUGUUUUAGUUUUGAAAGUGCUGUAUGGUGUACAUGCAAAAUGAGUGACCUUGUUUUUUUUUUAUUAUUAUUUAAUUUUUUUUUAAUUCCCAAUGUCUUUGACCCACCUGUGCAAUACCUACAGAAAAGUACAUUUCUUUUAUUUAUUACAAAACCAUAAAAGUUAGUAUCUUUAGUGUUUUAGUAUUAAUGGAGUAUAAUAUUACUAAGCCAUUAUUUGAAGCGCUCAAUGUACAGUUGUAAAGUGUUGACCAAACAAGAAGAAAAAACAACAAAAAUUUAGCAUACCAAACUUCAGUUUGUACAUAACUGCAGAAAGAAAAAUGUAUCUUAAGUGAAAGAUCAUUUAAAAAAAUGAUUGCACAUUUUCAAAUUUUUUAAAAGGACAAAGGGGGAGUCAUUGUGAGUUGGGCUAGGUCACUGUGCUGCAUCUUGAACAUGGUAUUAAUUUAACAAAUCUGCGGCAAAGUGGGCGAGUCCAAAUUGUAAAAAAAAAACAUGAAUUGCAAAUAAUUUACAUAUAUGAUUGCUGUCUUCUGUAGGUUUACGGUCAAAGAGCAUUUGAUGAUUUUAUAAUAAAUCUUCAAGAAAUAAGAUA